AUGUCUGCCCUGAAAAUAUUGUGUCUGCAUGGAGCAGGAACAAAUGCACAAAUUCUCGACUCCCAACUCGCUCCUCUUGUCAGAGCGCUCCAAAAAGACCAGAUUGCCACUUUUCAUUCCGUUGAGGGAGAAGUAGAGGACUCUCCAGGGCCCGGGAUUGAGGGAUUUUUCGAGGGACCGUUUUUCAGUUACUAUAAGUGGCCACAAACCGUCCAUGAUGACGGACACUCUGUGACGACAGCCUACAACAUGCUGUACGAGAUCAUCGAAGAAGAUGGGCCGUUCGACUGCAUACUGGGCUUUUCACACGGUGGAGCAGUUGCCGCUGGUCUGAUGGUCCACCACAUCACUCAGAAUCCUUACGAUUCGCCCCUUUUCCGAUGUGCUAUAUUUUUCAAUUCGUUUCCUCCAUUUCGAAUGAAUGACGAGAAUGAGCCAAUUCUAAAUGAAGGACUAGAGGGAAAGCUCACGGUUCCAACACUUCACGUAGCGGGACGACAAGACUUUGUGUACAACUAUUCUCUCAACCUCUAUAAGAUAUGUAACGCCGAGACAUCGACACUUUUGACACAUGAUGGUGGCCAUGAAAUCCCAACAGAUGCCAAAAUGAUAACCAAAAUGGCAGCCGCAAUCAGAGACCUUAGCCGCAGAUCGAUGUUUUCUUAG